AUGUCGACUGGUCAUUUGGACUAUGCCUACGACCCUCCCAAAAUCCCAGACUCUACUCCGCAGUUCGCUCCGAUGAGCGUCGCACAUUCGGCAUCGCCGCCUGUCGGCGGCGCUACGAAAUCAUUUAAGUCAAAUAGUACCGCCGACAUGGACAUACCAGAAAGCGGCAAAAACAAGAUUGAAAAGCGUAGCUUUGAUUAUGUGAUGAGGAGUGGAAUUGCGGGAGGGCUGGCAGGGUGUGCGGCUAAGACCGUGGUAGCGCCCCUAGACCGCGUGAAGAUCCUAUUCCAGUCGUCGAACCCCCAAUUCGCCAAAUAUACGGGCAGCUGGACUGGCCUGGCCUCAGCGAUUCGAGAUAUCAAACGCAAUGAAGGUACCCGGGGCCUGUACAAGGGCCACUCAGUGACCCUCCUUCGAAUUUUCCCCUACGCCGCUAUAAAGUUCCUUGCAUACGAGCAGAUCCGCGCGGUCUUCAUUCCUUCCAGCGAAUUCGAGACCCCGUUCCGGCGAUUGAUCUCCGGCAGCUUGGCCGGUGUCACCUCUGUAUGUUUCACAUACCCAUUAGAACUGAUGCGCGUGCGAAUGGCAUACGAAACCAGACAGUCGAAACACUUAGGCUUGGUGAACGUAUGGCGGCAAAUCUACCACGAGCGUGUUAGACCCCCACCAACCCACUCUGCUGCGGCAGCCGAGUCUUCUUCCGUUGCUGCUGCCGAAAGCGCUUCAGCUGCUGCUUCGAAAGUUUUCCCGCGCUCCGGCAUUGCCAAUUUCUACCGCGGCUUCUCCCCGACUAUCCUCGGCAUGCUCCCCUACGCCGGAAUGUCUUUCCUCACACAUGACACAGUGGGUGACUUGUUCCGUCUCCCCAGUGUGGCGCGCUACACCCUCAGACGACCAGAAGAGUUAGCACAUUCCGCGGAUCGACCCAAACGACCGCAGCUCAAUACCACGUUCGAGCUUCUGUCUGGUGCUGUGGCUGGUCUAGUUUCGCAGACUUCAUCAUACCCAUUGGAGGUCCUCCGUCGGCGGAUGCAAGUCAGUGGUGCAGUUGGCGAUGGCCGACGACUUGGAAUAGCUGAAACCGCCCGCGCAAUCUGGCUCGAGAGAGGGUUCAGAGGCUUCUGGGUUGGACUGACUAUCGGAUACGCCAAGGUCAUUCCCAUGGUUGCAGUGAGCUUCUACGUUUAUGAGCGAGCCAAGGGAUCGUUGGGCAUUAGUUAG